AUGUUCGGUGCCUUUAGAAGAACGUCUCCCCUCUCUGGAGGUUUGCUCUGGAAAAUACCCUGGCGUCUCUCCGUCCCCCAAAAGCGCCGUCAACGCAAACGCCUCCGUCUUGUCGACAAUGUAAUAACAAUUGUUGAUGACGCCCUCAGGAAACAGAACAUGGGGUCUACAACAAAGCUGGAGAGGUGGAAAGAGGAGAUGCCGACGGAGGCCGAGAUGAGACCAAAGGAUAAAUAUACAAUGUUUGAUCGGAAGGAGAAGCGGUAUCGGAAGGGGAUUCACAGUAUGUCGACCUCUUUUGAGGAUUAUUGGACGAGGUCAAGGAUGCGACAGCUAACUGGUGGUGCUGAUAGAGCUGCCAAAGUGGACGAGGGUCAGUCAGAGGAUAAAUCCACCGGGCUUUUGAUGAGGACGGGGCUUUGGGGAGAUAGAGAGAAUGUUGUAAGGGCAGUGAUUGAAGGGCAUACAUACGGCGUUUGA